CUACCUCCACAUCCCACCCCCCAGGCUCUCCCCUGCUCUCCUCUCCUGGAGGUCCUCUGGGGGCUACUUCACCUACAGGAACCAGAAGAUCUUCUACAGAGACUCGCCCGGCGCCGUCGGCAGCUCCGACGUCGUUGUCCUCCUCCAUGGCUUCCCAACCUCCAGCUACGACUGGUGCAAGAUCUGGGAAGGGCUGACCCAGCGGUUCCACCGGGUGGUUGCUCUGGAUUUUGUAGGAUUUGGUUUCAGUGACAAACCUAGGCCCCACCAUUACUCCAUCUUUGAGCAAGCCAGCAUCGUGGAGGGGCUGGUGCGUCACCUCGGCCUCCAGCACCAGAGGAUCAACCUCCUGUCCCACGACUAUGGGGAUACAGUUGCCCAGGAGCUGCUGCACAGGUAUGAGCACAACAGAACUGGAAGCAUCUUGAUCAACAGCCUGUGUUUGUCCAACGGAGGGAUCUUCCCCGAAACCCACUAUCCCCGCCUCAUCCAGAAGAUCCUGAAGGAUGGGGGGUUGCUGUCCCCCAUCAUCACGCGGCUGAUGAACUUCUUUUUCUUCUCCAGAGGGCUGGGAGCAGUCUUUGGGCCCUACACACAGCCCUCACAGGCCGAGUACUGGGACAUGUGGACAGCGGUGAGGACCAACGACGGCAACCUCGUCGUUGACAGCAUUUUGCAGUACAUCAACCAGAGGAAGAAGCACCGAGACCGCUGGGUUGGGGCUUUGGUGUCCACCUCUGUCCCACUGCAUCUCAUCUACGGGCCCCUGGACCCUGUGAAUCCACACCCUGAGUUUCUGCAGCUUUACAGGAAGGUGCUUCCCAUGUCCACAGUGUCUGUGCUGGAUGACCACAUCAGCCACUACCCACAGCUGGAGGAUCCCACAGGCUUCCUGAAUGCCUACCUGAACUUCAUCAACUCCUUCUGA